GAAUGGAGGAAGGAGGGUCUUCAUUUGUCAUCUGCUAGUGAUCAAGCAUGUAAAUUAUAUGAUGCAGCUUUAUCUCAGUAUGUUGGUUGGUAUGAUGAACCAUCAUUAGGAGGCUUAUCCAAGACACUUGAAGAAAUGACAGCAGCUGACCCAAAUUUUGUGAUGGGCAAAGCUUUAUCUGUUGGCUUAGAUUUACUCGGUACUGGACGAAGUGUUCAGUUAGAUGAAGAGUUUAAGGCUGAUAUUAAAAAUUUGGAAAUCAUGGCAGAAAGUCAAACAAAUGUUUUAACACCAAGAGAAAAAGAUCAUGUCAAGGCUGUUACAACAUGGGCAUCUGGGGAUUUGGUUGAAGCUACUGUCAUAUGGGAUGAGAUUUUACAAAGUCAUCCUACAGAUAUUUUAGCACUAAAAAUGGCUCAUGAUACCUAUUUUUAUCUCGGCUAUCAACGGGAAAUGAAAGACUCGGUUGAAAAAGUUCUUCCUCAUUGGUCAUCUGAUAUUCCAUUAUAUGGCCAUUUAUUUGGAAUGUAUGCAUUUGCGGUAGAGAUAGAAUCAUAUAAAAAGGCAGAAAGUAAUGCAAAAAAGGGGCUAGAAAUAAAUGCAAAAGAUGCUUGGUCUACACAUGCUUUAGCUCAUGUUUUUGAAAUGGAGGGGCGUGUAGAUGAAGGUGUGUCAUUUUUAAGAAAUACCUUGGAUGACUGGAAGGUUUGUGGACUAUUGGCUUGCCAUAACUUUUGGCACUGGGCUUUAUACCACAUAGAAAAAGGAGAGAGUGAAGCAGCUUUAGAUAUUUUUGAUACUCAGGUUAGUGAAAGAAUGAAAUCAGGUGCAAUGCUAGAUAUUGUGGAUUCAACAUCCUUGCUUUAUCGUUUAGAAUUAGCAGGUGUUAAUGUUGGUGAUAGGUGGAAAGAAGUCUUUGAUUUAUGUCGUCCACAUUUUGAUGAUCAUAUUUUGGCAUUUAAUGACAUUCAUCUGUUGUUAUCGAGUGUAGGAGCUAAAAAUAAAGAUGCUACGGAUUAUUUAAUGUCAUCUAUUCAAGACUUCAUCAGUAAUGGCCAUGGAAUAAAUCACACAAUAACUAGAGAUAUAGGUUAUUCCUUAUGUGAGGCUAUUGUUGCAUAUGAUGAAGGUCGUGUUGAAGAUUGUUGUGACAUUCUGUAUCCUUUACGAUAUAACAUUGUACAAAUAGGAGGCAGCAAUGCUCAGAGAGAUAUGUUUAAUUUACUUUUGAUUGCUGCUGCUAUGAAAUCCACUUGUAAACACCACCAAAGUGUUUUAAGGCAACUGCUGAGUGAACGGACAAGAUUUAAAAGCAUUAGUCAAGUGCCAGAUUGAAUGUGUGAUUUAGCAGCUUUAUGAAUUUAUUGUAAUUUCAUGUUGCUAAUGUGAAGUAUUUUUCUUAAUUUCAUUGCAUUGUUAUUUCAGAGACAGCUUAAAAAUUUUCCUUUGUUUAAAAAUACGUAAAAUUUGAAAUAUGAAACUUUUUUUUUUCCCAUUUGUAUAUGAGAAAGUAUUUGAAAAGGAACUGUCUCUUUGCUAUUGUAUUUUGAAUAUAAUGUGGAACAAUGUAUGUAUGGUAAUGUUUGUGCACCAUUUUCCUAUUCAUUUUUUCGUAUUGGUUGUGUAUCAAUCUUUUAGCCACCCUUGGUCUUUGAGCCUAAGUAAAAUAACAUGAAUUUAUGGUUGUUAAUGUGGUUGACUUCUCUAAAGUAGUAAACAUUCGGUUUUUGAUGUAAACAGGCAAGCUGUUUGAACUAUAUUAUAGUAUAUAGGGAAGAGGCAUAUGGAAAUCAAAAAAUAAAUUUGUUCUAAAAUUCAACCUGAGGUAAGUUUCGGUUUACUGGAAAACUGUUUGUUUAUUAGUCAUACAUGCAAAUCUACUACUAAAUUUGUUGCACAAGUAACUAUUAGUAAAUUUACUUUUUGUUCAUAUUUCUUCAGUCUCAUGAUGUUUCAUCAGUACUGUAUUGUGCCUUUGGAAUGAUAAAAUGAGCUUUCUAAACACAGACAUAAAACUCUGGAUGAACCUUGGAAAGCAAUGGAAGAAGAGUGAAAUCAAAUACUACUGCUAAUUUUAAUGAAUACCAUUUUAUCUUAAAAAUCAAGUUGAUUGAACGUCCAGAACCAUUGGAUAGAAUGCCUAAGAAAUUAGUAUUUUUGAUUUAAAUUAUAAAUGAUGAUGAGAGAUAUUUUUACUUCUUGAGGGAGAGGGUCCUGUACUGCCUUGAAAUCUGUUGGUUUCUAAUAUACCAGCUCUGACAUAUUUGAAUUUUAUUUUGCCACUCUCCCAUAUAAUAAUAUUCUUUUCUUAUUAGGAGUGAGUAAUGGAAAUUUAUGGCAGUUAUCUUUCUCAAUAAGCAAAGAGUAUUAAGUAACAGCAUGCAGGGCAGGAGAAUGGACUUUUAAAAUUGUGUAUUGUGUUUUAAGUAGUAAUGCUGAAAAGGAACUUCAGUUCAAGAUAGUAAAAAGUCAAAAUAAAAUUAGUGCUACUCUGCAUGAGUAAACUUGUCCUCCAAAUUACUUGCAUCAGUAAUUCUUCAAUAUUUUUUAUGUAGGUAGAAUUUUCAUUUAACAAAUUCUGCAGUUUGUUAAAUUUUGUUCAGAUUAAGAGUUCCAAAUCAUUGGUUUCUAUUAAAUCAUUGGUUAACACAUUAGCACUUCAUUUGGGAGGGUUGAAUUAAAUAAAUGCUAAAGUAUUUACUUUAUGUAACCAACAUAAAAAUGUAAGCUAACUGAAAAUUAAUAAAGUUUAAUAAUUAGCAUUUUCUGAUAUAAAAAAUCCUGGUCAUAAAAUUCUAGUGCACAAGGAAGACAUAAAAUCUGCCCACUGCUAAUGAUGCUGACAUAUUUAGGGUUGCCCCCAGCCUUUCCAUAUGAACUGAAAUCUCCCUGCACCUAGUUCUAAAAUAUGGUUUUUUGAUAAUAAGGCAAAAAUGAUGAGGCUUUCACCACCGUUUCACUGAAACUUUGAAAUAAGAACACAAAUUUGCUAUGUCAUUAUUUGAGCAAUUAAAGCAUUUCUUAUUCAGAGCAUUUAUGCAGUUUAAAUCUAUUUGUUAUUUUUGUUUUUCCCAUUUUUUUCUUUUCUUUAUUUGGAAUUUCUAAAUUGUUACUCUUGAGCAUUGUUUUUGACAUAUGAUCAGUAGCAUAAUUGAAUUCAUUUUAUUUAAAUUUUGGUAGAGAAGGAUGUAAUAUAUAUUUCUAAUUUGAGGUAUUUUUUAAUUGUAACAAAUUUUAAAGGAAUCAUCAUCAAAGGUGUCCUUCUAGUAAUAGAAUACAGCAUUCUGUUAAACAGUGGUUAGUUUUUAGUAUCUUGGCUUCAAGCAUAAUUAUUCACCAAGGUCUAGAAUUGGCUUCAAAAUGCAAAUCCUGGACUAACUAUAGAUUACAUAUUCUAGAAACAAGCAACAUUUGAUACAAAACCAAGUGAUAAUAUUUUGCUAUUCAUAUAUGUCAGUAUCAAUAGGUGUUGUUUCUCUUUUGAGGAAAGAAUAAGAUCUGCUUUGAAACAGGAAUUCCUUAUCACUCUCAUAGCAUAAACAUUUUUCACUUAGCUUCUGGAUAAUAACAGUACAUUUAUUAAAAGAAUGAGUCACUUAAAAAUAGCAGAUGAGCACAAAAUAUGACAUUUUGUCAUGAUUGCAGUAUUAUCUAUGUAACAUUCACUAUUAAAAUUGCAUCUUCCUUGUAGUGAUUAUGCUGCUACUUGCAAGUGAAAUAUUGGCAUAUUGACUUGAUAUAGCUAAGUUUUUAAAUAUGUAUUAUUAAUAAAAAAUGCUUUGCUAAAAUUGCUUGUAUUAACGGUAAAAUUUGUAAAAUUGUAAAACUACCUUCCUUUUGUUUUAAAUAAUCAUUAAAUAUAAAGUUUUUAUUUGAUUAGAUGGAAACACAAGGUAUUGUUUUAGCUUAAAAUGGAAAACCAGUUGGCUACUUGUCAGAAUCCAAGGAUCCAGUUGUCAAAUUUUGUUCGAUCAUGAAAUCUUACUACUUUAUAUAUAAUGGAAAGUAAUCGGCAACCCUAAAGAAACAGUAUUAGUACUUCCAAGAUUCCAAUAAGUGCUUAUUGGGAAAGUAGCUUAUAGAGCACAUUUUAUUCAUGCACAAAAUUUUACUAUUGUAGACAAUUGGAAUAAUUUGCGCCAUUUCAUUAAUGGCCUGUCUCUUUUUCUGUUUCUUAAUUGUAUGGUGUUAUGUGAAUGAAUUUUAUUAGUAACAUUAAAACUUUACUCAAACUGUGUAAAGUUUUUGUAGUAUUUACAUAUGAAGUACUUUGUAAAAAUGAUUACAGAAUUCCUUGAACAGUAUAAUGAAAGAAAAAUGUGUAUGAAUUUGCAGUGAAAUAUUUGAGAAAUUAAAUUUCUGCAUGUUUUUGAUUGAAUUAGUUUAUGGAAUGUAUUACAAUUUUGAGUCAUAUUUUAAGUAGUAUUGCAUCAGUUACAUUUGGAAGUAUAUGUUUGUAUUGUUGCCAUAUUUGUUAGUUGUUUUUUGUUGAAAGAAUAAUUAAUUUGGCAUUUCAUGAAAAUGUCAGCGUAUAUUUUCUAGCAUUUAUUAGAAUUUAAUCUUUGUGUUACAAUCUGUACAAUAUUGGCCUCAUACAAUUCUUUUUAUACGCUUAAUAUUGGGUGAAUGAUAAAUUAGUUCUAUUGCAUAAUUGUCAUGUGGCAGUGAUGCGGAGUUAUGUGUGUAUACUGCAGGUUUAUGUAGAUUGUUUAUCAUAUGUGAGGAAGUGAUACAAAUUUAACAUUUAAUUCAUUAAACAUGUUUUUAUGAUGUCCCUUUUUUUGUUAUGAAUAAAACUUUCUGUGUAGAAGCAUAUUAUUCAAAAAACAGAAGGGUAAUAAUAAAAACCGAGAAACUUUUGCAAAAUUUAAGCUAUUUCUUUAUUUACGAACAAAAAUUUAAACCUUUUUCCCAAUUAAUAUGAAUUUUGUUUUUAUUCUGCCCUAAUUUAACAAGCUAAUAUGAAAUCAAUAUUGGAUCUUUAGGCUUCCAUGGGAAACAUCAGUAUUUUGUUGGUAUGGAGAAGAAACUUUCCACCUGUUAUGCUACAUUUAAUGAACAGAAAAAUGUAGUAUUUUUGGAGUUUACAGUUUUAAAAUUCGAUUUUGUUAAGCUCAAAUUGUAACUAAGAUGUGUUAAGCUUUGUGUAUAGAAUGAGAAAUCGAUAAUUCCUGAAAUUAUUUUUCCUUUAUCUUUUUCUUUUUUUAAAUGUAUAAUGUAUUAUAAUGUUCCAUAACAUAUAUUAUGCUCAAUUCUCGUUAAUGAAAACUUUGAAUACUUUUAACUAUAAAAUUUUGCACAGUUUUUAAUCUUUCAUUUAUAAACUUAAUAGCUUGCAUUAUUUCAUUGCUCAACUAAUGUAUUGCCUUGCAUGGAUGCCUUUUCUGUUUGUUCUUUUAAUCCUCGAUUAUAUUUAAUAUAUAUUAUUUAAACAUAAUGUCUGUUAAUUUUUUGAAACUUUGUAAAAUAUAGCUUAUACUGAGAGUAGGUUUUUUUUAAAAUAUUUUUUAAAAUAUUUUUUUAUCUUUUAAACAUUUCUUAUGACAAAUUUUAAAUGUAUUUAAAUAGGCAAAUUUUUCAUUUUAUAAACAACAUUUAUGUGACUAACGGUUUGCUUGAUUUAAGGGGGGGGAGGCAAGCUGGAUAGUAAUUUAAAAUAUGAUACAAAUAUAAAUUUUUAAAAAAAUCUGAAAUAAAUUUGCCAUUUAACAUAUUUUGAUUGUUGUGUAUUCUAUUAUGUUAUUUCAGUAAGUAAAGUGAUACUUUAAGCAGUGAAAUGUUAGAGUGCCUAAGAAAUAUUUAUAUUUUGAUAUAUUAAUGCCCCUGUAGUUGAGAACACUACUAAAAUAUGUGUUACAGAUCUGAUUCAUCUUCUCUAAGACAAGACAGUAAAGAAAGCUAAAGCAGUAAGGACAUCUUUCUAUUCUUAGAAUAUUCAAAUUCACUUUAAAAUUGUGACAGAUUUUAUACAAAAACUUUAAUGCUUUCCAUAUUUUAUUGAAUAUUUGACCUUUUGAAACAUGUAGUUCAUUUUACUAAAGUGAACAAUUCAAAAGAAAUUUAAAUUUUUUAAUUAACACUUUUUAAAAAUAGAUUUAAGAAAUAUAAAAGUGAAUGAAUUCAAGUACUCAUGUGGGCUUAGCAAAGCAGCAACUAUCUUUGAAAUUUUUUCCUUAAACACUUUGAAGACUUCAUAUUCAAAGAUAUGAUUUAAUGUAAAAGACCUAAGUUCUGGUAUGUAUUUAUGUUGCUCGUCUUUUGCUAGUGAAAACACAAAUAUUCAUAGAAAGGGUUUUAGAAUUUUUAUUUCAAGAUUUAAAUCUGUAUAGUUUAUCACAUGUUGAUAUGUCUGCAGAAAGAAUAUAAUGGUUCAUUUGAGCUUUUCUCUGUUUAAAGAUACCUAAUAAUAUAAUAUAUAUAUAUCAAAUAUUUCAGAACUAAUUUUUAAAAUUAAUUAAAUGUUCAGAAUAUAUUUCAUUGUGUAUAGUAUUUGUUAUUCUUGAAUCUGAACUGUUAUUUUUUUAAAAAAUAAAUCACAGCAUCAGCUCGACUGAUUGUAACUAAUGUGAAAAAGUUGUAUGUCUUGUGAAAAAUUAUCUUGUUCUAAGUUACAAAUAUUUAUUUCUAAUAGAUUAUAUUUAUACUUUUUUUAAAAAAAAAAUUUCCUGUUCUUAUCAAAUAAUUUAUAUGCUAGCUUUCUUAAACUUAUGUUCUAGGGUUUAUCUUUUCAUCAUUCAUUAUUUGUUUAGUUAAUUUAAUAUUCAUAAAUUAAAAAUAUACCUCAUGCAUUAAAAAUACCUUUCUUACUUUCAUGAACUUAAAUACUUUCCAUUGUGUGAAUAUGAAUUCAAUAUAACUGAUUUGCUUUCCUAGAAUUAUGGAAAAUUUUGGAAUUUUGAUCCGUCUAAGUGAAAUUGUACUUCAUUAAACACCGUAACAACUAAGUUUUAAGGAAUUUUAUUAAAUAUUAUUUUCCUAAGUGUAAAAUCUCUUCAUUGGCAACAUUUCUAUUUGUACAUAACUUAAAAUGUUAAUGUUGCAUUUCAUUUGUUGGCAUUUGUGGUUUUUAAAUAUGGCCUUUAUUUUUUGUUGCCCCAUACUACCAAAAAUAUAAUAUUUCUAGAAAAUAUUAAAACUGAACAUAAUAAACAUAUUUUUUUAUCCUGUU